AUGAAAGAGAGGAUCUUUGCAGCUGGGUAUCGUGGAGAAAUUAAGUUUUCCUGUGCCUGGGGAAGACUGUUCUCGGAUUGUGUGGCUGAGCGAGGGGGGAGGGGGGGUGGGCUGAAGAGGGUCCCCCUGGAGAAGCUGCCGAGCUCCGAAUUGGUCGACAAAAGUCAACGGCAGGAUAGAUUCUCGGAUUGUUGGGGAUUAAAUCGUGUAAUUUUUUUCCAUCAAUCGCUGGGGGGUUUAAAUAACCGAUAAUUGUUCAUCAAAUGGGGACAAGUUUAUUUCUGUAUAAUUCUUGCGGAUAUUCGAUAACAGUUCAUCAAAUUGGAACAAGUUUACUCUUCCUGCAUAAUGCAGAUUGA